GGUAUUUUCCUCCUUUGGAAAAGGUCAAUUAACUGUUCGAUUUCGGUGCUUUACUACUAUACAAUCCAGAACCUCUGUAUCUAUUUCUUUCUCUCUGUCUGUCUGUCUUUCUCACGUAGCUUUGCUAGCUAGACAGUCAAAUAUGGAAGUAGCAGUGGCUAGUUGGGUAGCACUGAGCCUUGUUUUUGUUAGCAUAGUAGUAAGAUGGGCAUGGGGUGUGCUGGAUUGGUUAUGGCUGAAGCCGAAGAAGCUUGAAAGAUGUUUGAGGGAGCAAGGCCUUAAAGGCAAUUCCUACAGGCUCUUUUAUGGAGACAUGAAGGAAAACUCUGUCAUGCUCGCACAAGCAAAAUCCAAACCCAUGAACCUCUCAAGCUCCCAUGACAUAGCAUCACGAUUCAUCCCUUUUCUCGAUCAAACCGUGAAAACUUACGGUAAAAACUCUUUUGUUUGGAUUGGCCCCAUACCAAGGGUGAACAUUAUGGAUCCUGCAGAUGUGAAAGAUGUCUUCACAAAACUAGAUGAUUUCCGGAGGCCAGCAACAAAUCCACUUAUCAAGUUGCUAAUAACAGGUAUUGCAAGCUAUGAAGAUGAGAAAUGGGCUAAACAUAGAAGAAUCAUCAACCCAACGUUCCAUGCAGAGAAGCUAAAGCGUAUGUUACCGGCAUUUCACCAAAGUUGUGAUCAGAUGAUUAAGGAGUGGGAGAGCUGGGUCUCAAAACAGGGUUCAUCAUGUGAGUUGGAUGUCUGGCCUUCUCUUCAAAAUUUAACGGCUGAUGCGAUUUCUCGAACAGCGUUUGGAAGUAGCUAUGAAGAAGGUAGAAAGAUAUUUAAACUCCUAAAAGAGCAAACAGCAUAUACAAUAAAAAGCUUGCAAAGUGUUUACAUUCCAGGAUGGAGGUUUCUACCAACUAAGAUGAACAACAGGAUGACGCAAGUUGACAAAGAAAUAACAGGUUUACUCAAGGGUAUUAUAAAUAAAAGAGAGCAGGCCAUUAAGGCAGGUGAAGCAACCAAAGAUGACUUAUUAGGUGCACUUAUGGAAUCAAACUUGAACGACAUUCAGGAACAUGGGAAGAACAACAAAGAUGUUGGGAUGAGUACUGAAGACGUGAUUGGGGAGUGUAAGCUCUUUUACUAUGCUGGGCAAGAGACCACUUCAGUAUUGCUGGUUUGGACAGUGGUUUUACUUGGUCAAAAUCAGAUUUGGCAAGAUCGAGCAAGACAAGAGGUUCUGCAAGUCUUUGGAAGCAACAAGCCAGACUUUGAUGGCCUAACUCACCUUAAAGUUGUAACCAUGAUUUUACUUGAAGUUCUUCGAUUGUACCCAGCACUGGUUGUGCUUUCUCGAACCACUAACAAGACCAUACAACUCGGGAAAUUCUCACUACCAGCUGGAGUCGAAGUGGGCUUAUCAACACUGCUCAUUCACCGUGACAAGGAACUGUGGGGUGAUGAUGCAAACGAGUUCAAGCCAGAGAGGUUUUCAAAAGGAGUUUCUAAGGCAACAAACAACCCAUUCUCAUUCAUCCCUUUCGGAGGCGGUCCUCGAAUUUGCAUUGGACAAAACUUUGCGCUGACAGAGGCAAAAUUGGCCAUAGCAUUGAUCUUGCAACACUUUACCUUUGUGCUUUCUCCAUCUUAUGCUCAUGCUCCUUCUGCACCUAUGAUUAAACCACAGUAUGGUGUUCCUAUCAUUCUACAGAAGCGUUAACGAGUUGCUGAUAGAAAAUGAUAUUAAACAACAUAUUUAUCCAUACUAUAAGUUUCCACCUGUAAGCAUAUUAAUUAUCCACACCUAUAAGUUUGAACUUGUAAGCGUACUAAUUUAUCCAUAAGUGUGUAAUUGUAAGCAUAUUUAUCCAUAAUACUUAUAAAUCUGCACGAAAUCUUGUCAAAA